AUGACUGCCGGCAAAGUACCGCUCUAUCUCGUCUUUGGCGAUGGCUGGAUUGCAGGACAAAUCCGAGACAUCCUCAAGACUGGAGGCGAAUCAUAUGAAGUGACCAAGGUCCGAUUGGAAGAUCGCGAGGCCGUGCUUAGUGAGCUGAGAAGAGUGCAACCCACACAUGUCAUCAACGCCGCUGGAGUGAGAGGAACGCCCAACGUCGACUGGUGCGAAGACCACAAGGAAGAGACAAUCCGAGCCAACAUCAUCGGAGCUACCAAUGUGGUUGACUGCUGCUUUUUGCUCGGCAUUCAUGUCACACAUUUCUCGUCCGGGUGCAUUUAUGACUACGACGAUGCGCAUCCACCGGGUGGAAAGGGAUAUACCGAGGAGGAGGAGCCGAACUUCUUCCGGUCAUUCUACUCGAACACGAAAAUUAUCUCGGAAAAGGCAAUCAAACACUAUCCCAAUGUCCUCAUCUUACGAAUCCGCAAUCCGCUGUCUGGGGACCUGCACCCCAAGAAUACUGUGACCAAGCUCUUCGGCUUCAAGAAGCUGAUUGAUGUGCCGAAUUCCGGGACGAUCUGCCCCAACCUGCUCCCCGGGGCGAUCAUCCUCGCCAAGAACGGAGAGACAGGUCUUUACAACUUCGCUUACCUUGUCCAUCGCGUCACAGACCAACCCCGGGGCAUUUACACUCAGCGAAGCAAUGGAAUUGAUCAAGAAGCACCUCCGUCCAUCCCUGAGCUGGUCCACGUUCUCGCUGGAAGAGCAGGCCAAGAUUCUCAAGGCACCUCGGUGCAACCUCGAGAUGGAUUCCUCGAAGGCUGUGCAGAAGCUGCGAACAUAUGGGUAUAA